CGGAAGUCCUGUUGUUACCGGAACAAGCCGCCGGAGGACAGAAGAAGAAAAUCACAUGCUGCUAACAAGUUGACAGGUCAGCCUGAGAACAGAAACACUGUAGGAAUGAAAAGCUGACUGACUUUGACAGUUUAGUUGUUACGCUGUUCUGUUUUUUGGACCUUUAGCUCAGUCAUGUCCGGAGCGUUAGCUAGGCUGCUGUUCUACCCGACGUUAGCCUACAAUGUUGUCAUGGAGAAGGUGUCAUCGAGACGGUGGUUCGACCGAGUGGACGAGACCGUCAUCCUGGGAGCGCUGCCGUUCAGGUCCAUGACGAAACAGCUGGUGGAGACAGAAAAUGUUCGAGGGGUCAUCACCAUGAACGAGAUGUACGAGACCAAAUAUUUCUGCAACUCUGCCGAGGAGUGGCGGGCUGCAGGAGUGGAGCAGCUGAGGUUGAGUACUGUUGACCUCACCGGCGUUCCCAGCCUACAGAACCUGCACCGAGGCGUGGAGUUCGCCCUGGAGCACCGAGAGCGGGGGACCAGCGUGUACGUCCACUGCAAGGCCGGACGCUCCCGCAGCGCGACGCUGGCUGCUGCCUACCUCAUCCGGUUACACCGCUGGACUCCAGAGGAAGCCUGUCAGAAGCUGGCGUCUGUUCGUCCUCACAUCCUGGUGCGCUCGGCUCAGCUGGAGAUGCUGAGGAGAUACCACCAGCAGGUGUGUGGACAGUCCAGCUGAGAGAGCAGCGCGACGGGUCGGACCUCAUCGUUUCUACGGCAGCUGGAAGACGGGACCCAGAGCCUCGUUUAAAGACACACAUUAUCUGUUUUCCCACCCAUGAUUUUAACUCAGAUUUUACCGGGAUAUGACAAAGUUUUACAUAUUCAGUCACAAACACUCAUGUUUGAAAAACCUGAACAGGCCCGUCAUCCUGUCUCUGUUGUUACAAUACCGUAAAAACACUCCACCCAAUCCAAGCAGUGUGUGCAUGUUGUGUUUGAGCUGCAGUGGCAUAACGCAACAAGAAAAGGACAUUUUUCUGCAUUAUACAGCAGCUGAGUGACUAUAUUUCAGUUUCCUUUCAGAUUUUUACGGAAGCCCUGAGAGGCAAAUGAGGAUUUUUUUUGAUCUGUCUGGUCUAUAAACAUUCCUCUCCUGUGUUUAUGACUUGAGAGCUGGUGGUAAAGUUUUUAUGCUUAUAAUCUGAAAUGGAAACAUUUUGAGGAGGAAAAAAUGUUUUUAUGUCUGAAACCAAAUUAAUAAAACAAGUUAUGGAAGGAGAAACAUU